CGGCAGCAGCGGCGGACCCGGGCGGCGGCGCGCGGUCGGAGCCCGGCGGCCCUGGUCUCCGGGCCCCGGUGGAUGCGCGGCUGGGGGGCGGCCCAUGGGCCGGAGCUGAGGCUGCCCGGGGUGUCGGGGCGCGGGGCGGGGGGCGCGGUCGAGGCCCGGAGGCGGCGGCGCAGGAGGAAGCGGAGGAGGGCGGGCGCGCCGGGCCCCGGAGGCAGGCAUCGCAGCGCUGCCGCCGCCGCCGCCGCAGCCCCGGGCUCGCCAUGCUCCUGGCCUCGGCCGUGGUGGUCUGGGAAUGGCUGAACGAGCACGGCCGCUGGCGCCCCUACAGCCCGGCCGUGAGCCACCACAUCGAGGCGGUGGUUCGCGCCGGCCCCCGCGCCGGGGGCAGCGUGGUGCUGGGCCAGGUGGACAGCCGUCUCGCGCCCUACAUCAUCGACCUGCAGUCCAUGAACCAGUUUCGCCAGGACACCGGGACCCUCCGUCCAGUUCGCCGCAACUACUACGACCCGACCUCGGCCCCUGGGAAGGGCGUGGUGUGGGAGUGGGAGAACGACAAUGGUUCUUGGACGCCCUACGACAUGGAAGUGGGCAUCACCAUCCAGCACGCCUACGAGAAGCAGCACCCCUGGAUCGACCUCACUUCCAUCGGCUUCAGCUACGUCAUUGAUUUCAGCACCAUGGGCCAGAUCAACCGGCAGACCCAGCGCCAGCGCCGCAUCCGCCGGCGGCUAGAUCUUAUCUACCCCAUGGUCACUGGCACCUUGCCCAAGCCCCAGUCCUGGCCAGCCAGCCCCGGACCUGCCGCCGCGCCCCCCGCCGCGCCCUGCUCCUGCCCGCAGUGCGUCCUGGUGAUGAGCGUCAAGGCCGCGGUGGCCAAUGGGAGCGCUGGACCCCUGCAGCCCCCGGCUGCCCGCAAGCACAUGCCCGAGUCUGGAGUGGUCAAGGUGCCUCCCCCACCAGGCCCCGGGGUCAAGCCACUGGACAGCACGGGCACCAUUCGAGGCCCGGUGAAGACGGUCCCAUCGCAGGCGAUCCGGCGACAAGCCUCCAGCACGCCGGCAGGGGCGAAUGCGGGCUCCCCUGCUAGCCCCCCGGGAGCCAAUGGCAAGACCGAAAGGGUGGCCCUGGCGACCUUGAAUCGGACCAACCUGCAGCGACUGGCCAUCGCCCAGUCCCGAGUGCUGAUCGCCUCCGGGGUCCCCACUGUCCCAGUGAAGAACCUGAGUGGGUCCAGUCCUGUCAACCCUGCCUUGGCAGGAAUCACUGGGAUCCUCAUGAGUGCUGCAGGGCUGCCUGUGUGUCUCACCAGGCCACCAAAGCUGGCCCUCCACCCACCCCCCGUCAGCAAGAGGGAAAUAAAAUCCAUCCCAGGGGUUUCCAACACAAGCCGCAAGACCACCAAGAAACAAGCCAAGAAAGGUAAAACCCCAGAAGAAGUGCUCAAGAGGUAUCUACAGAAAGUCCGGCAUCCACCAGACGAGGACUGCACCAUCUGUAUGGAGCGCCUCACGACCCCCUCGGGCUACAAGGGUCCACAGCCGACGGUCAAGCCUGACCUAGUGGGUAAGCUGUCCAGAUGCGGCCACAUCUACCACAUCUACUGCCUGGUCGCCAUGUACAACAACGGCAACAAGGAUGGGAGUCUGCAGUGUCCAACCUGUAAGACCAUUUAUGGGGUGAAGACAGGAACCCAGCCUCCAGGGAAGAUGGAGUACCACCUCAUUCCCCACUCUCUGCCUGGCCACCCAGACUGCAAAACCAUCCGGAUCAUCUAUAGCAUCCCCCCUGGCAUUCAGGGGCCAGAACACCCAAAUCCUGGGAAAAGUUUCAGCGCCCGUGGCUUCCCACGACACUGUUACCUUCCAGACAGCGAGAAAGGGAGAAAGGUCCUGAAGCUGCUGCUUGUGGCUUGGGAUCGCCGUCUCAUCUUUGCCAUCGGUACGUCCAGCACCACAGGCGAGUCAGAUACCGUCAUCUGGAAUGAGGUCCAUCACAAGACAGAGUUUGGCUCUAAUCUCACUGGCCACGGCUACCCAGAUGCCAAUUACCUGGAUAAUGUGCUGGCUGAACUGGCUGCCCAGGGCAUUUCUGAGGACAGUACUGCCCAAGAGAAGGACUGAACCGGAGGGGCUUUGGGGUGGGAGAGGCCAUGGGACCACAGGUCAGGAAGUGGGGAGAGUCAAGGUGGAAGUUGGCACCAUGCCCUCCCAACUCCCUGUCUCCCCUCCUUGUCCUGUCUCCACCCCCAUCCCUCCCAGCCCCAGGCUGAGGGGAGCAGUCAGAAUGAAUAAGGUGGUUGGUGUCAUCCACAAACCUCAUCCAACGCAAAGGGGACGUGGGAUGAGGGCCAUCCUCAGCCUGUUCCCAUGGAGUUUUCGGUGCUGGGUAGGCAGGGACCCCCCCUCACUCCCCUAAGCAGGGGGCACAGGCAGCACGCUUAGGGUAUGGGCACUCCUUAUCCUGGCCUUGUGAAGCCGGAGGUUCAUGCCUCAGCCAGCUUCUUGCUGCUUCCACUCUGCUUCGAGAGCGGAGUUUCUGCUUUUCUCUCCUCUGCUGGAGGUGAGGGGCUCUCACUGUGCAAG